AUGGUUGUGGGCAUUGUAACCGACGCGGACAUGAGCAACUUGUACAGCAGUUCCAACCAAAGUGAAUUCGUAGCGACACUCGUUCUGGGUCCCGACACACCACACGAGCUCGAGCUGCGCGGCGACAUGUGCUCGAAAGACGACAAUCUGUACGAGCUGGCAUUUGUACAGCCCACGCUGGAGCACGCGAUGGCCGACGACGUCGUCCUCGGACGGAACAUUACCCGCAUGGCAAGCAUUUCAUCGUAG